GGCGUAUCCAUCGCUAGCAGUAUAUACGUAGCUCUUUAGCAGCAAAGUCCCAGCGAUGAGAAGGUCCACGGGUGGCCACUGGCGGAUAUGCUCGCAGCAGAGACCGACGGGCCCAGGUCCCCCCUGAUCCUAUGCUGCUGCUGACCGUGAUAAACAGUCUCCAUCCGACACUCUCGCUCGCACUGUUCGGAUUCCGCACCCCUGCGCUCAAGAUGUCCACUGCGCCGGUAACCGAGGGCCUCGUGUACUUCGCCGUACCCGCGGCACACAAGACAUGCCGCACGUUCUACAAGAUCUUCGGCGACCUCCGCGCGGGCGCGCCCCCGCUCGUCGUGCUGCACGGCGGGCCGGGCGCGACGCACAGCUACAUGCUCGCGCUCGCGGACCUCGCGCGUGCGGUCCCCGUCGUCCUCUAUGACCAGCUCGGCUGCGGGCAGUCCACGCGCCUCCAGGAGAAGGCGGGCGACGGCGCGUUCUGGAGCGUGCAGCUGUUCGUGGACGAGUUUCAUAAUCUGCUGGAACACUUGAAGAUCGAGGAGUAUGAUGUGUUGGGGCAUUCGUGGGGCGCGAUGCUUGCGGCGGAGAUUGCGGUGCGAAAGCCGGGCGGGCUGAGGAGGCUUGUGUUGUCGUCGGGCCCGGCGUCGAUGGAUCUGUGGGUGCAGGCGACGAGGAAUAUUUUGAGGCAGCUGCCGGAGGAUGUCCAGGAAACUAUCUAUAAACACGAGAGUGCGGGGACGUUCGGGUCGCCUGAAUACAAAGCAGCGAUGGAGGAGUUCAACAAGCGGUUCGUUUGUCGGCUGGAUCCCAUCCCAGCCGAGGUACAGGAGACGUUCAAGCAGCUCGAGGAAGACCCAACUGUCUAUGGGACUAUGGAGGGCCCUUCCGAGUUCACGAUAACCGGCACGUUGAAGACGUGGAACAUCAUCCCCUCGCUUCCCAAGAUCUCCGUCCCCACGCUGCUCACGAACGGCGGCUUGGACGAGGCGCAGGACAUCGUCAUCGAGCCGUUCUUCGCGGCGAUCGACAAGGUGAAGUGGCGCACGUUCGCACGGAGCGCGCACAUGGCGCACUGGGAGGAGCGCGAGGAGUUCAUGCGUGUCGUCGAGGACUUCCUGACGAUGCGGUUCGCGGGGGAAGAAAGGGGGGAGGAUGAAAAGAACGAUGAGAAAGACGUGGUGGUGGAGGAUGUCGAUCAAGUUUCGUGUGCGGAGAGAUGUGGUUUUAUUUGCUGAGUAGGAUCGUGUACGAGAAUUGUAGUUAUAAUGUGUAUAACUAGUCAGACCGUCCAGACUUGCAAGAGGGAUUCGUGCG